AUGUGGAUGCCAACUCACGUGCAGCUGACUGUGCAGAGAGCAAAGGGACUUCUGGUGAAGGGCAAAAAUGGCACCAACGACUGCUUCGUCGUCAUCAGCCUGGGCAAGGAGAAGUACCAGACGUCCGUCAAGGAGAAGGCGCCGCCGAACGUCGAGUGGUGCGAGGAGUGCGAACUGACGAUCCCGAGCCAGGGCAACACGGCCGAGAUCAAGCUGCAGGUGCUGCACCGCAACUUCCUGGGCGUGGACGAGUUUCUCGGACUCACCACCAUACCGCUGUCGGACUUCGACGUGUACGAGCGCCCCAAAAACAGGUCGUACAAGCUGCACAGCAAGCCGGACAAGAAGGACACCAAGGAGCGCGGCGAGCUGGAGGUGCGGCUGGGCUUCACGGUGAAGGCGGCCUCGGCCAGCACGACCGACCUGCACCAGGGCGAGAAGCUGCGUGGCUCGCUCGUCAGCCUGCCCAAGGUCACCGGCGCGCUCGGCGGCAGCCUGGCCAGCCUCAACCAGAAGAAGAAGUCCAUCAAGAAGCUGGCCGCCUCCGUCGGUCACAAGGUGGCCAAGCUGCCGACGAGCCGGCGGCGCGGUUCGUGGUCCCGCAGCGCUGGCGGCUCUGAGGCCGGCUCCGAGGCAGGCAGCGACCUCGGCUGGGAUGACUCGGCCUCCAUCAACGCCGAGCCGGGCGUCAUUAGCGAGGGCGAGGAGGACGAGUUCGGGUUUGACGACCACCACGGCCGGAAGCCGGUGACGCCCGAUCUGCACGGGUCGUACGACCACAAGCGUCUCCAGCGAGGUGGGUCGGACGGUGAAGCAGACUGUCACACCGCUGUGUAG